AUGUUUUACGAGCCUACGGUCGAUGACUUAUCCAAACAGGAGGACUCAGCUAGUUCAUCUGUGAGCUCGGUUGCAAACAUAGCAAUUACUUCACCAGUCGGUCAAAAUAUCAACCUUGAAACGCAGGCGGAGACCGGUGCCCUGGAUGACACCUUACCCAUGAGUCUCUCACCAUCAAGUACAACUAGUUUCUCUGCCGGUGAGCUUAUGACAGCACUUCCACCUAGCCCAAGCUCAACGACAGAGACCAGCACGGAGACUAGUACGACACAAGACCAGAUUACCAGAGUGGAACCAACACUAUGGACACCAUCAACUUCGACUACAUCCCAAGCAACUACCUCAACAACGUCGGCAAGUUUGUCUUCAGUCGAAAUUUCAUCGUCAUUCUCUACGCCAGCCUUGUCAAUCACCUCAUUAUACAUCACUUCCACUUUUGUAGCACCCGAGCAUACAACGGACCAGACCAAAUCAGAUUUAUCGACUACCGAGCCAGGCUCCUACUCGGGCGGCACCUCAACAAAAACCAAAAUCGCAAUCGCAGUCCCGGUAUCAAUAAUAGGCCUCGCCUUGAUAAUAGCCCUGAUAAUAUUCCUCGCACGACGCCGCCGCCGUGAAAAAGAGCGCCAUAACUUGCCACCUCCUUACGACAUGACGGCAACUCAAACAACCGGCCUCUCAACUCAAGAGUUAAUGGCGUCGCCUAAGUAUGCAGCACUAUCCCCGAAGCCCCCGACCCCCACAGCCGCAGUCCCUAUGUCGAGACUGCCAGUUCUCAAUGUUCCGCCCCCCUCUCCCGGAGAACCCAGUCCAGAUCCAACUCCGAGCCCGAGUUCUACACGCCGGAUGUCGUUGUCUCAAGAGCCUGGACCUAAUGACUCAAGUACAGAGAUAGGAGUUGCUGUCGCUGUUCCGUUGGAUCAUAGAAGAAGUGCUACAGAGCAGGAGUUCAGGUCGCCGUCACGGGGAACAAUACAAUUGACUCGAAUGCCAUUUGAUAAUUCCUAUGGUCCGGAUGACGAUGCUGUUUCCGAAGUCUCGGAUUUGGAUGGAAGGCGACGUGAUAGAGAGUUUGAUGAGGUAUCCGAUGUCUCGUCUUUUGGUGCUGUUUCACCGACUAGGGAUGGGGAAAGGAGACAGUUUCGGUGA